CAGUUCCUGGACUUCUCCAACACACGUGUGUGUGUGUGUGUACUGAGAGCUGUGUGGAGUGUGUAAAUGUGUGUAUAGAGUAAUUAGUGUGGUGUAGUGUGUUUAGUUCAGUAUUUACUGUAGUUUAUUGUGAGUUUAUCUCGGUAGAGGCUGCUGUUCCUUCCGGUGUCUUCUCUACAACCCGCGAGCUGCGCGGGUUAAAUACUAUCUUAUCUAUCAGCCCGGUCCUGGCCGGAGCUAGCCCGCGGUGCUAGCUGCAGUUAGCUCACGAUUUAUCUCUGUGUGUGUGCGAGUAAAGUGAUUGUAGUUAAAGAUGUUCUCAGAUUUGGAUCUAAUCGGGACCAUCCAGGACGAUGCAGAUGUUCCAGAUGAGAGCGAGUCCGGAUCUGAAGGAGAAGAGGAGCAGCCCAUUGUUCUGAAUAAAGAGAGGAGAGCGUUGAAAGCUCGGGGCAAUGGAGACUUCAGCCUGGACUUUGAGUUUGGAGAGACUGAUGGGCUGGAGAGUGGAGACUGGACCAUGGCAUCUGUUAUGGCCCAACUCAAAAAGAGGAAAGCUCCCACCACACUGGAUGAGAAGAUAGAGAAAGUGCGUAAAAAGCGCAAAACUGAGGAGAAAGCUCAGAAAGUGGGCAAGAAAAAUGAUGAUCUGGACGUUAAGGAAGAUGACGAGGAUGAUGAUGAGGAUGAGGAUGAUGAUGAUGAUGAUGAUGAUGAUGAUGAUGGCAAUGAAGCUAAUGAAGAUGGCAAUGAAGAGGGUGGUGAUGAUAUUGAUGAAGAUGAGGAAGAUGAGUUUUCAUCAGGGGAUGAAGAAGUACUUAAAAAAGCAGAUACUCUAAGGGAGAAAGGCAAGAAAGGCAAAAAGAAGGCUGCAGCAGAGCCUGAAGCCUUCUUUGAAGAUGCGUCGCAGUAUGAUGAGAACCUCACAUUCCAGGACAUGAAUCUCUCCAGACCUCUGCUGAAGGCCAUUACCACCAUGGGCUUCAAGCAGCCAACGCCAGUCCAGAAGGCCUGUGUUCCAGUGGGUUUGCUGGGCAAGGACAUUUGCGCUUGUGCUGCAACUGGAACUGGUAAGACUGCAGCCUUCAUGUUACCUGUGCUGGAGCGUCUCCUCUAUAAGCCCAGGGAGACUCAGGUGACUCGUGUGCUUGUGCUGGUGCCCACCAGAGAGCUGGGCAUUCAGGUGCACUCUGUAGCUCGCCAGCUCAGCCAGUUCACCACCAUCUCCACCUGCCUGGCUGUGGGUGGUUUGGACCUGAAAUCACAGGAAGCAGCACUGAGAGCAGGACCGGACAUCCUGAUCGCCACACCUGGUCGAUUAAUUGACCACUUACACAACACUCCAUCAUUUGAGCUGAGCCAGAUCGAGGUCCUUAUUCUGGAUGAGGCUGACAGGAUGUUGGAUGAGUACUUUGAAGAGCAGAUGAAGGAAAUUAUCCGUCUCUGUGCCUAUCAGAGACAGACCAUGUUAUUCUCUGCCACCAUGAGUGAAGAGGUAAAAGACCUGGCCUCAGUGUCUCUGAAGCAGCCAGUGAGGAUCUUUGUGAACAGUAACACAGACGUUGCUCCGUACCUCAGGCAGGAGUUUGUGAGGAUUCGGCCGGCCAGAGAAGGAGACAGGGAGGCGAUUGUAGCAGCGCUCCUCACCCGGACCUUUCAGGACCACGUGAUGCUGUUUACUCAGACUAAGAAGCAGGCUCAUCGAAUGCACAUCCUCCUGGGUCUCAUGGGGUUAAAAGUUGGAGAACUACACGGAAAUUUGUCUCAAACCCAGAGGUUGGAGAGUCUCAGGCGAUUUAAAGAUGAACAGAUCGAUAUCCUCGUGGCCACAGAUGUAGCAGCCAGAGGGCUGGACAUCGAAGGAGUCAAAACAGUUAUAAACUUCACAAUGCCCAACACAGUGAAGCACUACGUGCACAGGGUGGGCCGAACAGCGAGAGCAGGAAAGGUGGGCCGAUCCGUGUCUCUGGUGGGAGAGACGGAGAGGAAGAUGCUGAAGGAGAUCGUCAAGAAAGCUAAAACGCCUGUCAAAGCCCGUGUUCUGCCCCAAGAGGUGAUUCUGAAGUUCAGAGAUCUGAUUGAGAAGCUGGAGAAGGAUAUAUAUGCUGUGCUGCGUUUAGAGAAAGAAGAGAAAGAGAUGGUUCACUCAGAGGCACAGAUCAACUCAGCUCAGAAGAAGCUAACGCAGAAGGAAGAGGAGAAGCAGCCAGCGAGAGGCUGGUUCCAGACCCGUGAGGAGAGGAAAAAAGAUAGAAUGAACAAAGCUCUGCAGGACUUUGACCUGGCUUUAAGAGGGAAGAAGAAGCGUGCACAGUUCUUAAAAGACGCAAAGAAGAAAGUGAUGUCGGCUGAGGAAAGGGCCCAGUUUGAGAUCCUGAAGUCUCAGAUGUACGCUGAGAGACUUUCCAAGCGUAAUCGUAAGCCGAAGAGAGCCAGAGCAAUGCCAGAGGAUGAGCCCAAAAAGACAGUCUCAAAACAAAAUGGUAAAAAGCCUACGAAGUCCGUGUUCGAUAAGGAGCUCACCAACGUCAGCAAGAAAGCCCUGAAGCAGUACAGAGCAGGGCCUUCAUUUCAGGACAGAAAAAGACUCGGUAUGGCCAACAAGAAAGGAGGUCGCUUCAAAUCCAAAGCAAAGUACAGAAGAAAGUAAACUGUUUGUACCUGCAGCAUGAAUGGAGAAGAUCAUUUUAUCACAGCAAUAAAGGGCCAACUUUACCCUUAAUUCUCUCAACAUGUGACCUGAAGCAGGAUAUAAUACAUAGUAAUUCAGUUUUACUGUAUCUGGACUGCUACAGCAUGGUCUGUAAAUUUGCGUCAUCUCAAAUCCAGUCGGAACAGGCGCUCUUCUGAAGAGUGGCAGUGAUGUCUGAUGAUGGGAUGGGUGGUUAAGGAAAAUGUUAAAGGUUUAUGAGCACUGCAGCAAUAAAACAAGCUUGUAUUUUUAACCAAGUCCCCAAAUUGACCUGUUUUGUAAUACUUGUGUUCAGCAAAUAGCAGUUUUUGUGUGACAAGCUGUAAACCUGCUUGAGUUGACUAGAUUCAUGUUCUUGGUGAUUAAAAGUGUGAUAAGUCCUG